AGGUCUAUGUUCCUGUGGACAGGGGCUUGCCUUGCUGUGUCUGCGUGCAGGCAGGAAGGGGGACUGGUAUGCUGACAUCUGGGGUGUCUGGUAAAAUAAAACCCCUGAGAAUUAGUGUCGGUCAAUUCCUGUGCUGUACGUCUCCUGAGCAGUGGCUAAUGGGAGGCGGUACACAUCAGCUUCAGUGCCUGGACAAGCAUUCAGAUGGUGCCUAAUACUGACAGUUGAUGAAAGGUCAGGGGCUGUUGAUGAGAAGAGUCUGGAGAGCUGCCAGGCAGUACCAUAGAUAAGAGCAUUACCAGAAGGGAUUGUCCCAGGCCUCUGGGCUAGGGGCAGAAUUUCACCCCCAAGGACCCGAUCUGCCAUGAUGGGGGGUGGACGAAGAGAUUGGGAACUAUUUCCUGAGAUUCCCCCACAUCACUGAACCUGACUUUCCUCCUCCUCCUCCUCCUCCUCCUCCUCCUCCUCCUCCUCCUCCUCCUCCUCCUCCUCCUCCUCCUCUUCUUCUUCUUCUUCUUCUUCUUCUUCUUCUUCUUCUUCUUCUUCUUCUUCUCUUUCUUCUCCUUCUUAAAGAUUUAUUUUAUUUAUAUGAGUACACUGUGGCCAUCUUCAGACACACCAGAAGAGGGCAUCAGAUCCCAUUACAGAUGGUUGUGAGCUGUGGUUGUGUACAUGUGGUUGCUGGGAAUUGAACUCAGAACCUCUGGAAAAGCAGUCAGUGCUCUUAACUGCUGAGCCGUCUCUCCAGUCCUGAUCCCGACUUUCUUCUGCUCUAGCUGCUCUCAUAAGGGUUCCCCUCAAUCUUGACCUGGCUGCCUCCUCCUCCUCUUCCUCCUCCUCCUCUUCCUCCUCCCCUUCCCUCUUUUAAUAGAACCCUGACAUGCUAGCCCAAGAGUUUAGAGAUGAGCUUCAAACAACUCAGCUGUCAUUCCUUCCCACCCCUUCUUGCCCAUCAGCAACUUCCCCACGUACCUCUUUCACAGUGCCAGCUCCCCACCUCAGGUCAGACUAGCCCACUCCUGCUGCUGAUAUCUGUGCCCACAAAUAUCCUCAGAUGCUUGUAUCUUUCUCAUGAAAGUUUGUGUGUGCACAAGUAUGAUGUAUUCAUGUUGGUGUGUCCACACGUAUGCACACAUAUAAAGGCUUGAAGUUAACAUUGUGUGGCUUCCUUCCACUUUAGUUUAUUUCUAUGUUUAACAUUUUUUUUAUGUGAUGUGUAUGAGUGUUUUGCACGUCUUGUCUGUCUGCACUAUUUGUUGGUGUGAUUCUCCCAGAGGCCAGAGGAAGGCACUGGGUGCCCUGGAACUGGAGUGACAGAUGGUCGGUAGCUGUCAUGGGAAUGCUGGGAACCAAGCAGCACUCAGUGCUCUUAACUGCUGAGCCAUCUCUCCAACUCCACCUUAUUUUUUGAAAUGAAGUCUCUCAUUGCACUUGGAGCUACUGACUUGGCUAUGUUGAUUGGCCAGCAAGCCCCAGGGAUCCUCCCUGGCAUUGGAUUACAGGCAGUAUGCAAGCACUGUCUGGCUUUUUUUUUUUUUUUAAAUAAUAUUAGUACUAGGUGGGGGUCAAACUUAGGCAAACCUCAUACUUGAGCAUCAAGUACUUUUUUUUUUUAAAGAUUUAUUUAUUUAUUAUAUGUAAGUACAUUGUAGCUGUCUUCAGACACUCCAGAAGAGGGCGUCAGAUCCUGUUACAGAUGGUUGUGAGCCACCAUGUGGUUGCUGGGAUUUGAACUUCAGACCUUCGGAAGAGCAGUCUGGUGCUCUUACCCACUGAGCCAUCUCACCAGCCCCGAGCAUCAAGUACUUUAUCAACUAAGCCCUCUCCUCAGUUCCUAGCCAUGGAAAUGUUAAUAGUUGUAUAUGGUGCACUUAUAGUAACCCAUACCAGGAGUACUCAGAGGGAUGCAUUGAGGUACAAUUUGUUUACACUGACUAAUCCUUGUUCUCAUAGUUUGAGCCUUAACGUGUCAGGGAAACCAAUGUGGGUCCUGAUCCUUUCUGUCAAUCCACGGAGCAUGUGCCGUGUGUGUUUUUGUCCAUAUGUGGAUUCUUUUUAGUUGUGCCUCUGUGUGAAUGGACACACCUGUGUGUGCAGGUUCCUGAGGAGGCCAGAAGAAAGUGUCAGGUCCCCUGAAGGUGGAGUUACAGGCAGCUAUGUGCUGCUUGACAUGGGUGCCAGGAAUGAAACUUGGGUCUGUGGAAGAGCAGCUUCUAACUACUGAAGCAUCUCUCCAGCCUUGGUAUGUUUGUUGUUAAUGUGUUUGCAAUAGUCAGCCAGUGAUAUACUGAGGAGGUCUUUGGGAAAUGUGGAUAAACAAAUAAAUACAUAAAUGAAUGAUUCUCAACGCAGCCCCCAAUGCUCUGACCUUUCCCCUCCCUUCUCCAUCCCUCAUGAAGAAAACGGACCCUCCAGAGGGCAGCUUCUCAAUACAGAGAGGUGCUCACAGGAACCCUGUUUGGUAGGAGUUUCUGUCUCCACCUCUCAGAAGAGGACAAAGGGUAGGAUUUAAUUGUCUACGGCCUUUCUCAUGGUCUAGUGUGGAGCAGACAGGGGCCACAGCCUUGCCCAUAUCUACAUAGUUAAUGGAUUCCUAAAAUAAUUUUUGCUUGUGUGGUCAAAAGUGGAAAUGCCUGUUGGUGCACAUAGUUUCAUCUUUUCUACAAACAUAAAGUCAGAGCCAUUGAGACCAUUCACGCAGCUACUAAUUACUCAGCUGCUUUAUGAACUUAAAGGUUAUAUGUCACAAAACUUUGGUUCCUGCUAAAGUGGAGCCCUUUGUGGGGAAGGAAAAGGCCUGGAUAACCUGUGUAGCCUUCUGCUGCCCUAUUGCUCUCAGCUAGGAACUUUCCAGAAGUGGCAGCUUGGAACUGAGAGGGUAUCAAUGGGCAUUGUGGACUCAGGAUGUCUGGCUGGCAGAGACCACCCACAGAUGAGUUGCCACUUAGGUAUCUUCCCAGCUGCACCUCCCAAUUAAUGACUUGUUCCUGUUCAUUGGAUACUUACCCAUUGCCUGAGCAUGCUAGCAUCCGUCCCAUGGGGCAGUACAGGAUGACUGGAAUGGAGGCUCAUAGCCAGGAAGUGGUAGGAGCGAGGUUACAUUCCACUUGUAGGGAUUAUUUGUCCAGCUCGCUGUCUGAGCCCUCUUGUUCUUCUACACCUGGCCCUUCUCUCUCUUUGGGUUCCCAAGAACCUGCAGGAACAUUUCCCAAAGCAGUGUGCUGCAGAGACACCAGGCUACCCUCCCUUCGGUGUUUGCUUUAGCUUAUAGCUGUCUCCUGUCUUUGGUCUCAUUUGCCGGUUGAAGGAGGGGCAUAUUUCCCAGUCCCUACCUGGCUGUGCAUUAGAGCCCUUCCAUGGCAGAGCUAGGAACUCACAAAAGACUGUAAUGGUGGGGCAUGGUGGUAAAGGUGUACUUUACCAGUGCUUAGAAGGCAGAAACAGGUAGAUCUCGGGAAGCUCCUGGUCAGCCUGGUCUACAUAGCAAGUUUCAGGCUGGCCAAGCUUAUUACACAGUGUCUUAGUUGGUGUCUCUUCACAGCAAUGAAACCCUAUGAUCAAGGCAACUCUUAUAAAGGAAACAGUUUGGGACUGGAUUACAGGUUCAGAGGUUCAGCCCAUUAUCAAAGCAGAAAGCAUGGCAGUGUUCAGGCAGGCAUGGUGCUGGAGGAGACACCUUCUACAUCUUGAUUCGAAGGCAACCAGGAGAGACUGGCAUCCUCAGGCAGCUAGGAGGAAGCACUCUUCUGCAGUGGGUGGAGCCUCCACAGUGCGUGCUUCUCCAACAAGGCCACAUCUCCUCACAGAACCACUCCCUGUGGGGCCAAGCGUAAUUCAAAGCAUCACACACAGUAAGAUCGUCUCUCAAAAGCAGACAAACAAAAGAUUAAUUACACUUUGUAUGUCUGGGGGUUGGGGGGACAGUGACAGCUCCAGGGGUCACCUCUCACCUUCCACUAGGUGGUUUCAGGGGACGAACUCGGGUCACCAGACUUGGCAGCAGGUGCCUUUACCCACUGAACUGCCUUGCUGGCCCUAUUUUACAUUUUUUUCUUUCUUUGUUUGUUCCUAAAGCUAGAACUCAGGGCCUCCCAGGGUUCCUAGGCAAGUGCCCUACCAUCAGACUACCUUCCUGACCCAGGCAGCUUUAAAAAAUGUUCUCCUGAACAUUGCAAGACCUUUGGGCCCCCAAGAACCACUGUCUGGCCCCGGGAAGUCCAGGCUGCCUCAUGAUACCUCUGGUUCCCCUGCUUGUUCUUGGCCUCUGUUCCCAAACACCUAGGCUUUCAAUCACUGUUGCUAUUGCUGGACCGUCUUGGCUCCUUUGGAGGCUGAUUUUGGCCUAGGCUGCCCUCUGAGCUUGCCUGUAUUCUGGGAAGAUUUUAGUAGUUAGAUUAUUGUGCCACUGAACCAUGAGGGCCACAAAGCAUGGCAGGAGAGGCCGGCACUGGACCUCCCAGGCAGACGGCAUUCACUAAAUAUUCUUUAAAUAUUUAUUAAAUGGGAUUACAAGGACAGCAAGUAAGAGCCAUUUCCGGGAAGGAUACGACUUGACUGGCAUGGAUAAAAAGAUCUACAAGGUGUGUCCUUGACUACACCCAGUGAGAAGGUUUGUGGAGUUGUCUCCUGUUUCCAUCUAAGACCUUGCCACAUCCUGAUUCAAAGAAUCGAGUGGACAGAUGAUAAUAAAACAGCAUUGGAUUUAAAUGAAACAGGUUUUGAUUCCCAGUAGGGUGCUGGCCAAGAGUGGAUACAGCUCUGACAAUGUACUGCUCAAAGCUCUCAAAGGCCUUGGGACGCCAACCAAGAAUUAGCUCUGAGAGGCAUUACAGCUUUGGAAGAUUUCCAGAAGAUCAGGUCUUUGAGGUAAUGGGUAGCCAGCCAUUGACACCCAGAAGUUGGCAACAGAUAGCUGGAGUCUCAGAGGCGAUUGUGGUUCGAAUAAGAACGGCCUCUGUAGCUUAAGAACUUGACAGCUUGAUCAUCAGGGAGCGGCGCUAUUUGAGAAGGAUGAGGGGGUGUGACUUUGUUGGAAGAAGUUAUUGGCACAGCCAUCACUAAUGGGAAAAGUGAAAGUCAUAAAGCCAUCCCAUCUGCUUGACCAAGAUCCAGCAGAGCUGAGCCACAUCCUGCGACCAGUGUCCUGCCGUCUUCCACGUUUUCUCUUGGUCUCCAUGUGUUGCAUACUUGGGGGGGGGUUAAUAUUUGUACAACUUAGGAUAAUGGAUUAAUGGAAAAUUUCUUAGGAAUCAUUUAUGUCUUCUCCCAGCAGUACUGCUUCUAAGCUUCAAAGUCCUGAACAUACUACCCCUGCUGGUUUUAGGGAGAUAGCCUUAUCUGGCCCCACGUGAAGGUCUUCCUUACACCCUGGAGGCUGUGACUCAAAUAAAGACACCAGAGAUCUCUUAUGAGGCUCUGACUCCAAGACACUCUUGGACAGUCUACCUCUGUGUUUAACUUACUCAGGACCAAGAUAAUCAAAAUAAAGUCAGAGAAGUGGGCAGCAGCUCAGGUUAAAAAACCUCUUCUACUGUACACUCAAGCAAGUAUGUAGCAGAUAAGAUUGUGGGCCACAUAUGGUAUGCCCCAUUGAGGAAAAGAUACAGCAAUAAAGUUACAUUGGCUGGAGUUAUCUCUGCCCUACACAGGGGCUUAUAUUGAUGGACAAAGAAUGCUGUGGAUAAGAGAUAAGAGAAUAAAAUAUUAAGGCCUCCAGCUGGGCAGUGGUGGCACACGCCUUUAAUCCCAGCACUUGGGAGGCAGAGGCAGGUGGAUUUCUGAGUUCGAGGCCAGCCUGAUCUACAGAGUGAGUUCCAGGACAGCCAGGACUACACAGAGAAACCCUGUCUCGAAAAACCUAAAAAAAAAAAAAAACCUCCCUGUCUUAGAAAGGUUAGUUCAUGUUAGGCCAUUGUGGUAUCAUAUGACCAAGAAAUAAAAGAAUACCAAGAUUAGACAUAUAAAUAAAUUCUACAAGGAUAUAACAUAUAAACAUUGAUUAUGGCAGAAAUUGAAUAACUGUAGCAGCUUUGGCCUGAAGAUUUUUUCUUGGGGCCUAAUGACAAUUAGCACUUGAUAAUACACUGCUUGGGAUAUGACUGCCUGCCCAGGCUGACUUGGCAAUUUUCUGUCUAAUGCCCUUGAAACCACCAGCCUGAGAACAGGCUGUCAUGCUUUGGCAAAAUAUGCCUUUAGAUUAUUUAUUUAUUUGUUUGUUUGAGGCAGGGUUUCUUUCUCUGUAUAGCCCUGGCUAUCCUAGAACUCACUCUGAAGACCAGGCUGGCCUCAAACUCAGAAAUCCACCUGCCUCUGCCUCCUGAGUGCUGGGAUUAAAGGCUUGCGUCACUACUGCCUGGCAUGCCUCUAGAUUCUUAAAAUUUGGUUGUGGAAUUGAUGAGGGAAAACAAUUGUAAAAGAUAAUUAACUCUGUUUUGUCACGUUUUAUCAAUGAUGACCAAACUUAUGACCAAGAGGAAGUUAAAACAAGUGUCAGGGACAGAAGUGCUAUGAUCUGUGCUUUGGAGCAAUAUAAAUCUAUCUAUGCCUAUUGAGUUAUGUAUAAAUAAAUAAACACCCCAACUGCCAGUCAGUCAGGCUGCAAGAUUUCCCCUACCUGUCACCCCCCCCCCCCGAGCUUCUCACCCCAUACUCCCCUCCACCCCCUCCAACCACCCUGCCUGACUCACCCCUCACAGGCAGGCUCCUUAUCUGUUUUGUGGGAUUUGGUAAUCUCCAGUGGGCAGAGUAUGUCACUGGUGGGAUUGGUGUUGAAACUUUAAAGUGGUGUUUAAACCCAUAGCCAGGCUCAGUCAUUACUCACUCCCCCAGACUCCCCCAUUCCCGGCCCCAUCUGAUGCCUGUGGAUCAGAAUGUGGAAACCUCUCGGCUACUUCUUCAGUACCAUGUCUGCCUGGGUGCAGCCAUGCUUCUCACCAUGACUAUAAGGGACUGAACCUCUGCAACUGUAAGCCAACCCCAGUUAAAUAUUUUCUUGUAUAAGAGUUGCCUUGAUCAUAGUGUUUCUUUACAGCAAUAGAACAGUUACUGGAGGCCUUCAAGGUAGUGGGUCUCUCAGACUGCAGUACCUACCACUAAUAAGGACUGUGAACCUAAAUAGUUACAACUUAUAUUUAUAGUGCUAACAGGACCAAUAUGCUAGAGGUUACACUGUAGCCAUGCUGGCCUGGGAAUUACUAUGUAUCCCAGGUUGACUUCAAACAGAUUUCAAUCUUCCUGCUUCAGCUCUAUCUCCAACUAAAAUUUACAGAUAUGGACUACCAUACCCAUCUCUGGGCUGUUCUUUCUUUUUCUUAUUUAUUUAUUUAUUUAUUUACUUACUUACUUACUUACUUACUUACUUACUUACUUACUUAUUAUAUACACUGUAGCUGUCUUUAGACACUCCAGAAGAGGGCAUCAGAUUUCGUUAGGGAUGGCUGUGAGCCACCAUGUGGUUGCUGGGAUUUGAACUCAGGACCUUUGGAAGAGCAGUCGGCGCUCUUGACCGCUGAGCCAUCUCACCAGCCCCUCUUUCUUUUUCUUUGUGUAAUAUUAGGUGUGGAACUCAGGGCCUUGUAUGUGUGAGGCAAGUGCUUUGUAUCAGAGCUAUAGUUAUUUUUAUUGCUCAUUUAUCAUUCCUAAGAUUUAUUUUUGAAAGUUUUUUCCCCCUGUUUUAGGUUUACUUAUUUUCUAUGUAUGAGUGUUUUGUUUGCAUGUAUGUGUGUGUGUGUUAUUUAUGUAUGCCUGGUGCCUAUGAAUGUCAGAAGAUGACACUGGAUCCCCUGGAACUGGAAUUAUAGGUAUUUGUGAGCUGCUGUGUAGGUGUUAAGAGCCAAACCUAGGUCCUCUGCAAGAACAGUAAGUGCUCAUGUUGUCCCAUUGAACCAUCAUCUCUCUAGCCCGUCCUUUAUUUAUGUAUUUAUUUAUUUUUAUUAUUUCUAUGCACAGAUGUUGUUUAUGUGAAUACAAGCACCUGAGGAGGCCAGAAAAAGAUGUUGCAUUCCUGGGAUCUAGGGUUAUUGAUAUUUACAAGCUGUUUGAUGCGGGAUGCUGGAGACAACUCCAAACCUCUGCAAGAACAGUAUAGGCUUUCAACGGCUGAGCUAUGUCUCAGGUCCAUUGCGUGUCUUUCCUGAGGGUUGUUGUUCUAGUAUCUCUUGAGCUCCACACAGGCCGUGGCCCCAGGAUAAUUCUCAUUUCGUUAUGUAGAAACGGAGUCUCAGGCUAGAGCAGUCACACAAGCAGGAAGUUCUGUAGAAAGAGUGGGCAUUUGGGGAAGGGGUGGUUAGUAUGGUAGUCUCUCUUUUUGCUGCUUUCAAAGCAAAAAAGUGGGUUGGAAGGGACAGCUGUGCUUCCUUCCUACCUGGUACCCUGGGCUCAGAAACCACUUAAAGGCAGUCCAGUGCCAUACUGCAAGCUCCCAGAAUGUGAGCUGAGUGCAGCCAGCUGUGUGCAGUGAGGUCACUGGGACUGAGCAGGGCAUUAUGAUUGUAUAGAAUGGUCUUGUAGGAUGACCAAAGGACUCUCCGAAGUUCACCUGACACACCUCCAUGCAAGGGACUUUGUAACUUUAAUUUUUUUUCAAAACUCUCCUUUUAAUAAUGGUUCUUAAACACUUUAACCUCCCUUCUAGCCCACCACACACCAAAGGUAGUGGAAAAGAAGGCUAUGGGGGAAAUGGACCUGUUUAGAAAUGGUUCUUUAUGCCAGGGCAGUGGCGCACACCUUUGAUCCCAGCACUUAGAAGGCAGAGGCAGGCGGAUUUCUGAGUUUGAGGCCAGCCUGGUCUACCUAGAGAGUUUCAGAACACUCAGGGCUACACAGAGAAACCCUGUCUCGAGGGAGGAAGGCACUAGAGAGGUGGCUCAGCAGUUAAGAGCACUGGCUGCUCUUCCAGAAGUCCUGAACCACACAGUGGCUCACAACCAUCUGUAAUGGGAUUCGAUGCCCUCUCCUUGUGUGUCUGAAGACAGCUACAAUGAACUCAUAUACAUAAAAUUAAUAAAUAAAUCUCUUUAAAAGAAUGAGUCUAGUAUUUAUUUAUUUAUUUAUUCAUUCAUUCAUUCAUUCAUUCAUUCAUUCAUGUAUAUUAGUACUCUUUUGCAUGUCCAUGCCUGAAUGGCAGAAGAGGGAAUCAGAUUCCAUUAUAGAUGGUUGUGAGCCAUCAUGUGGUCACUGGGAAUUGAAUUCAGGACCUUUGGUACUGACUUUUGACCCUUUGUUCAGAGCCCUGUUUCAGCUCUUCUCUGAACCCUUUGUGCACUUGUCAUUGAGGCUCCCACAGAAAGUUAGGUCUGAUCCCCAGGGGCUGCAAGGAUGAGAUCAUAUUGCCCAAGGCUUUGGUUUGUCUUCUCCUUGGGAUAAGUGGAGUCCUUGUGCCAAGGGCACUGAGGAGCCUGGUGGAGAUUCUGCAGAGCAAAAGAAGGGGAUUGGCCGCAACUGGAGGUUCGAGGACCAGCACCAAGAUUCACUGUGGUUCCGUGUAUCUCCAUGCAAAGGGACAGAGUGGUGGGACAGACUUUCUGCCUUAGCUCCUGAAAGUCUAGGAAAGGUGAAGCUGAGUCCAGGGCGUUUUCUUCUUAGCUAAGCAGAGGGGCCGAGCUGGGAACCUGCAGUCCUCAUGGCCAGAUAAAACUGCCCAUUUUGUGGGAGGAAAAUAGAGCUCUGCGACACUCAGGACUUAGGCCAGGUGGUGUGUGAUAGCCCAGGGUUCUCUGCACCUCUCACGCUGCCCCUGUCUCCAAGAUUGGAAAUUUCUCCCCAGGAUCUGGGUCAGGUCUAGGGUGGAUGAGGAGUGAGGUGGAUAGAGUUCUCUGAGCUCCUGUCCUCCAGCGUACAGAAGGGUAAAGUCUGAUAGAGAAAAAUGCACGUUGCCCCAGAGCUGACAAGAAAUCUAUGGAGAUGGUAGGUACAGGGGGAAGGGAAGGGCCUGUGAGUAUUCAGGGCUGAAGGAUCUGGCCAGGCAGGAGAAUGGCCUGGCCUCCCUCUUUCCUUUGCUGUUUUCCUGAAAGGGAAGAGGAACCGUUUAAAACAGGAAAAUGGAAGUUUUGUCUUUGAAAGGCAAGAGGGAAGGAAAGUUCCUGGACUACAGCUCCCUCUUCCUUCUGUUUGGUUCUGAUGCCAUCUCCUGAUCCUGAAGCUAUGUCUGGCUGUGGGAACCCCUGAUGGGACUUUCCUGACCCUAGCAACAUUCCUUAAGUGUAUAUGGUACAAGAAAACACCUUUUCUUUCUUUUUUUUUUUUUUUUGAGAUAGGAUUUCAUGUAUCUCAGACUGGCUUGAACUUGAUAACGGCUGGAGAUGACUUUGGACUCCUGCCCCUGGCCCUCAGAGUUCCUGGGAUGUGUAAUAUGGGAAUUUACAUGCCUGCUUUUUAGCACUUACUGGGUCUUCCAAGUGAGAAAGUUAAGUCAUUGAUGGGGCAAGAAUUAGCUGGCUGGUGCUCUCAUGGAGGUCAUGAGUGGGCUCAGCCCCUAAAGACCUAUGUGGUAUUUAAAAAAUUUUUUUUUAAAAUGUGCAUUGGUGUUUUGCCUACAUGUAUGUCUGUGUGAGGGUGUGAAAUCUUGGAGAUACAGACAGUUGUGAGCCGCCAUGUGGGUACCGGGUCCUCUGGAAGAACAGUCGGUGUUCUUACUUGCUAAGCCAUCUCUCCAGGCCCCAGUAUUUCUAAUUUUUGUAAAAAAAAAAAAAAAAAAAAAAUUAAAAUAAAAUUAAGUUGGUCAGUCAUGGCACAGUACUCUAGAGCAGAGGCAGGCAGAUCUCUAAGUUCAAGACCAGCCUGGUCUACAGAGCCAGUUCUAGGAUAACAAGGGCUACUACGUGAAGAACCCCUGUCUUGAGAAAAUGAAUGAACGAAUGAAUGAAUAAAUACUAAAACCCCCUAAAAUUUAAGAAGAUUUAUUUUGAAUUAUGUGCGUGUGGGUUUGUGCAGAGUAUAGGUCCCCACAGAGGCCAGAAGUGAGUGUCAGAUCCCCAGAGAUGGCGUUACAGGUGCUUAUGAUUUGCCAGCAUGGCUUCUGGGAACUGAACAUUGUUCCCCUGCAAGAUCAGUAUGUACUCUCAACUAAUAAGACAACUCUCCAGCUCCCUCCAUGCCCUUUGAUGAUGGAUGGCUUCCUAGGUCUCCAAUGGGGACGGCUAGAUCCUGACUCAAGGCUCUUAUUGCAGAAAGGUCCAGUCAGAAUCUGCUGUGGUGUGGCGGCUAUGCUAUGUCCUGGCCAACACUCAGAAAUACCCUUGCAUAAGAUCAGUCACCGUAGGGCCCUGGGACCUGCCCUUUCAUCCUUAGAGACUCUGAUAGCAUGGGAAAGUACUCAGCUACGCUUUUCAUAACUUGGACUAGAAAGUGUAUAGGGAGCUGGCAUUGGAUCUGCGAGAACUCUCCUGUUAGGGUCUGUAGAGAUGACUUUCAGACUCAGGCCUGCCUCUCAGAUGAGCCCCAGGCAGAGAGCUGAGCUGAGUGGCCCAGAUUUGCCAGCAGGCUUCAGAAAGCUCAGAACUUAUAGACACCCAGAGCCAACAGCCCAGACUUGCUCUGUUGGGACCAUAUUCAUGAGAUCAUGGGUCUCUAGGUACAGGGAGCACUUCAGACUUGUCAUCUGCUGCAGUCGCCCAUCCUGGCCAUUCUUUCCUUUCACGCAGUGGGAGGAGCAGUUUGGACACGGUGAGGAGGAUUCUAAGCCUAGCGUUCUGUCCAUCUCUCUUCAUUCCCUGCAAAUGCUACAGCUGGCAGAGGAAUUCUCUGCGAGAGGCAUGAAGGAAAUCGGUUUCAGCACAAUGUAGUUAGCUGGGCUGGUUCAAACGUCCAGAGUCAGACCCUAGAACACAUAGAACGUGUUGAAGUACCGUACACGUCGGAACCAAGUUUCCUGGUGUGAUGCAGUCCUCUGUGCACAUAGAGGCAUAACUACAUUGAAACUCACCUCGAAGCACAUUCCAAUUUCUCCAAGAAGAUGGGUUCUAGAGAUAAGGUGGCCUGUGUUAAGGGCCUAGCAAGGGAUCUGGUGUGGUCUUGGUCAGCUUAGACUUGGGGCUAAGGGUACAAAUCACACGACGGCCCAGCAGGCUAGAUGCCUCAACUCUAGUGGGCAGUCCAAACAGUGAGAGAGGUGUGAGGUGUGAGAUGGCCUGGGAAUGCGAAGCCUCCUAGCCUGCUUGGACUUUAUCCUUGUGCUUGGACAUUAUUCAGAGGGCACUGAGUCCAAGAACAAAAACAGUAGGCCGGCUCCUGUGAUUCCCUCAGGAAGGCCACACCACUGUCCUGGAUGAAGAUGAGACGCUACAAGCUCUUUCUCAUGUUCUGUAUGGCUGGCCUGUGCCUCAUAUCCUUCCUGCACUUCUUUAAGACCUUAUCCUAUGUCACCUUCCCGAGAGAACUGGCCUCCCUCAGCCCUAACCUCGUAUCCAGCUUCUUCUGGAACAAUGCCCCUGUCACUCCCCAGGCCAGUCCGGAGCCGGGUGGCCCCGACCUAUUGCGGACACCCCUCUACUCCCACUCUCCCCUGCUCCAGCCACUGUCCCCGAGCAAGGCCACAGAGGAACUGCACCGGGUGGACUUCGUGUUGCCGGAGGACACCACGGAGUAUUUUGUGCGCACCAAAGCUGGUGGUGUGUGCUUCAAACCAGGUACCAGGAUGCUGGAGAAACCUUCGCCAGGGCGGACAGAGGAGAAGCCCGAAGUGUCUGAGGGCUCCUCAGCCCGGGGACCUGCUCGGAGGCCCAUGAGGCACGUGUUGAGUACGCGGGAGCGCCUGGGCAGCCGGGGCACUAGGCGCAAGUGGGUUGAGUGUGUGUGCCUGCCAGGCUGGCACGGGCCCAGUUGCGGGGUGCCCACGGUGGUGCAGUAUUCCAACCUGCCCACCAAGGAACGCCUGGUACCCAGGGAGGUACCGAGGCGGGUUAUCAACGCCAUCAACAUCAACCACGAGUUCGACCUGCUGGAUGUGCGUUUCCAUGAGCUGGGAGAUGUUGUGGACGCCUUCGUGGUCUGUGAAUCUAAUUUCACCGCCUACGGGGAGCCUCGGCCGCUCAAGUUCCGAGAGAUGCUGACCAAUGGCACCUUCGAGUACAUCCGCCACAAGGUGCUCUAUGUCUUCCUGGACCAUUUCCCACCUGGUGGCCGUCAGGACGGCUGGAUUGCGGAUGACUACCUGCGCACCUUCCUCACCCAGGAUGGCGUCUCCCGCCUGCGCAACCUGCGGCCCGAUGACGUCUUUAUCAUCGACGAUGCGGACGAGAUCCCUGCGCGUGAUGGUGUGCUGUUCCUCAAACUCUACGAUGGCUGGACAGAGCCCUUCGCCUUCCACAUGCGGAAGUCCCUGUAUGGUUUCUUCUGGAAGCAGCCGGGCACACUGGAGGUGGUGUCAGGCUGCACCAUGGACAUGCUGCAGGCCGUGUAUGGGCUGGAUGGCAUCCGCCUGCGCCGCCGCCAGUACUACACCAUGCCCAACUUCCGGCAGUAUGAGAACCGCACCGGCCACAUCCUAGUGCAGUGGUCUCUCGGCAGCCCCCUGCACUUCGCGGGCUGGCAUUGCUCCUGGUGCUUCACACCCGAGGGCAUCUACUUUAAACUCGUGUCAGCCCAGAAUGGCGACUUCCCCCGCUGGGGUGACUAUGAGGACAAGAGGGACCUCAAUUACAUCCGCAGCUUGAUCCGCACUGGGGGAUGGUUCGACGGAACGCAGCAGGAGUACCCUCCUGCGGACCCCAGUGAGCACAUGUAUGCUCCUAAAUACCUGCUCAAGAACUAUGACCAGUUCCGCUACUUGCUGGAAAAUCCCUACCGGGAGCCCAAGAGCACUGAAGAGGGUGGGCGCCGGAACCAGGGCUCAGAUGGAAGGCCAUCUGCUGUCAGGGGCAAGUUGGAUACAGUGGAGGGCUAGGGCUGUGCACUUUCACAGGGCUGGGUAGGCUGAAAUAAUGGCUAAGCCAGUGCUAUCUUAGGCCUCCUCCUUAUCCCGGGGCACUUGAGAGAGCCAGGAGUCCUUGUAGAUGGAUGGUCCUCUGUGCUCAGGCCUCUAGAAUUAAGGGUCAGGCCUUUCACCCUAAAACAGAAAAAAUUACUUUCUAGUAGAGAAGAGCAAGCCCGGACAUCUAUGCAGCAUUUUUGUUCCCAAGAGUGCUGUGGGAAAGAGGUGUUCCUGGAGGGCAUAAGGUGGUGUUCUGGGACUGGGAGUGCUAUGGAACUUCAGUCUAGUUAAAGAGAAGCCCCACCGUUGACACCUGGGACUGUUGUCCAUUACAGGACAAGGAGGUAUACCAUGCCAGGGGUUCCCAGAAUCUUGUAAAUAAAUGCAUUUGGGUCCAGGAGCAAGAAGAGACAGUAGGGAGGGACUAGAAACUGUAUUUGCUCUUGAUGUGGGCCAAGAAGCUAGGGAAGCAUUGGAAGGUACCCUGGAGAGAACACACUUUGUAGCUUCCUCAGACAUGCGGGACCCAAGGGAUGAGGUCCCGCAUGGCUGAGAGGAUGAAGCUCGUUAGUCAGUCCCAUUGCCUCUGUAAGAAGGCAUGCCGGGGGUGAUGCGGAAUCUUCCUCUGGUCCCAAAUAUACCCUUGAUAGCUGUUCUCACUUUUCCUGUUGCUGUCUUGUGGGAGCCACUUGCAAAGGACUCUAGGAGUCUAGUUUUUGGGGUGGGACAGGAGCUGGAGACCAUAAGGACAGCCAGUAUAGUAGGCGAGACAAGAGAAGGAGACUGACAGAGGCCUCUCUACGCCUCUCUCCCUCCCUAUCACUCUCUGCCGGCAUCCAGUCCCAUAUUACAGCGUCCCAAAUGUAACCAGUCCUGUGCCACUACGCCUCCACCCCCACACCCGUAAGAGCAGGCUAGGGGCCAGGAAGGGACCACAAGGUUCUCCUGGGUCCAAGAAAGAACAUUAAGGUCAGUGGUAUAUCAACCCAUCCCUCUUAAUUUGCCUUGUGUGUGGGGGGGUACAGGAUGUAUUUCAGAAGAUGCUAAGCUGCUGUAGAAGCCCCUUGGCAACCAGCAAGCAAUUCAAAUAAGACCAGCUUGUUACUAAGUAAAUAGUCCAGGAAGAGAUGGUCCAAAGCCUAUUAGACAGUCAGCUUAGCUUCACAUACAACUCCCAGGUCUGGAUAGAGGGGCUGCACCUGCUCACAUGAUAAGAGGAGAAAGUGUGAACUCUUCCCUGUGAAGGGCAGGAGUCAGAUGUGUCUGUUGCUUCUGAUAGUGUCUUACUGGUCUGGACUUAGCUGCAUGGCUAUAGGUAGUUGCAAGGAAAACUGGGAAAUGUAGUUUUGAGCAGGACUGCCAUAUGCCUGCCUCCAUUUGAGAGUUCUGUAUUACUAGCAGCACCCUUAAAGGAAGGGUACAAAUGAUUGCUCAUUACCCUGCUCUCUUCCUAUCUGCCCUGGGGUUGAGGUACAGUGGGGACUUGCAGGUGUAUAGGAAGAGUGGGUGCCUCUUCCUGAGGCCCUUGACGUUCCCUUGAUGCCAGUAUGCAGGGCUACCUGUGGAAUGGUCCGUGUUUGUGCGUGUAUGUAUAUUUAUGGGCAUGGGUGCAUGCUUGGUGUGUAUUGUACAUGUCUGUAUCCAUGUGUCCCUGUACAAAGAUGAUACUCAUGUGUGGGCGUAGGAGCCUAGGCUUGGCUGUCCUCUUCCUUAGGACCUGGAUCUUAUAGUCUCAUCUCCUAUGGCUCCACGAGAUGCCCGAGACAGGAAGUCCUUGGGGGAACCUUGAAAGCAAGACUAGAAGGGAGUACAGGGUCUGUCUGUCUGUCUGUCUUUCAGUCUGAGAAAUGGAAUCUUCCUAGGUAUAGGGAUAUGCAGCUGAGAGCCCACCACUCCCUCAGCCCCUCUUGGCUCUCUACAUCCUCCCCCUGCCACCUCAGCAUCUCUUGGAUGUAGCUCUGUCUGGAGUAGUUUGCCAGGUGGUGGCUGCUCUGACAAACAGGCAUGAAGGGCUCUAUGGCUUCUCUCCUCCCAUUGAGGAACACCCUCCAUGGAACCUCUCCUUCAAAGAGCCUUCCUCUCUAGUUCCUCUAGGGAUUGAGAGGUGGCCACAGAAGUCAGGGCAUCCCAGGGACUGAUGGGUCCAUCUGAGCCAGGGCUCUCUCCUGAGAUGUCUGUGGAUGUUUCUGUGAUACCUUCCCCCUUGAAUGAAAUCCUUACCCCACACUCUUGGUACCCUCAGCUGCUUCAUUGAUAUCCUGUUCCAGGCAUUUCAGGGCUCCUGCCCACAAGUGACCAAUUCAGGGAGGGAGAAGGACCCUGGGAAAGCACAGGUCUGCUGGGCUGGCCUUCCUUCUCAGAUAGUACAAUAGUUUCAAUUAGGCAGGAAGAGGCCUGGCCAUGGGCUGAGAGACCACCCUCAAGAGGUGGGAGCUAAAGAGUUUCACAUAUAACCACAGCAUACACUGGGAAGUUGAGGGGCAGGGAACCCAGGACCAUUCCCCCAAUAUGAAGAGAAACCGAAUUGAAUGUGAAAGUGGGCACAUUCUCCAGGAACCACUGGCCUGUGACCUCUAGACCCAAGGAAGCCUAUACUGGCGUCCAGCUGGCCUCAUUCACCCAAGGGUCACAGUGGUUAAAAGGGACAAGCUUGUUGAAGCUUUGGAAACAAAGAUUCAGGGUGGGAAGAUAGGACUCACCCAAGUAGAAGGAAGGGCCCUGGGAAAUGUGUAAUUUAAGGACACCAAUAAUAAUAAUAAUAGUAUUAUUUUUUUUGUAAAUGAAAAUCAAUAUGUACAUUCUGAAAUCAUUUUCUCUGUAAAUGGUUGAAUUUCAUUUCACCCUUAAAGGGAUGCUUAAAGGAGAAGAUAAUAUUAAUAAUAAAACAGCUGAGAAGUCUGGA